AGGUCUUGCUUCCGUUUCGUCAGUUCGCAGUGCCUCACUUCCUGCUUAGCAAAACCUCUUUGGCAGCGUUUCUUACAUUUUUUAUAGCAAUACAGUUUAUGUUUUUUGAUUAUAACCGGGCAGAAUCAUGAAUACAGUUUUAUCGAGGGCGAACUCGCUCUUCGCCUUUUCACUCAGUGUAAUGGCAGCGCUCACAUUCGGAUGCUUCAUUACCACAGCGUUCAAAGACAGAAGUGUUCCGGUGGAUAUACACGUAUCCAAAGUAAUGAUUAAAAAUGUGGAUGACUUCACAGGACCACGAGAGAGGAGUGACUUGGGCUUUGUAACAUUUGAUGUUACUGCUGAUCUUCAACCAAUAUUUGACUGGAAUGUCAAGGAGCUUUUUCUUUACCUGUCUGCUGAAUAUACAACAAAAAGCAAUGCACUGAACCAGGUGGUGCUAUGGGACAGAAUUGUAUUGAGAGGUGACAAUACCAAACUAAACCUGAGGGAUAUUAAAUCCAAAUACUUCUUUUUUGAUGACGGGAACGGUCUAAGGGCAAAUAAGAACAUCACUCUGUCUCUCUCAUGGAAUGUGGUGCCAAAUGCCGGAAUCUUGCCACUGGUCAUGGGAUCAGGACACAAGUCUAUCCCCUUCCCUGACUCAUAUGAAACCGCAAAGACCUACUGAACUGUUCAAGUUCAUCCCAAACCAUGUUUGUAAAUGUUGUGCUGUGUAUGGGUUUUAAUAAAAGCUGGAAAAUUG